GCCGGGCCGGCUGCGAUCCCGCACUGCAAAAUCCCCGCUCUGCAGAGCUCGGACGGGAACGCUGCCCUGGGCCUCGGCAAGGGCUCGCUGGAGCACAGCAACGCCUGGGCGACCCUGAGCCAGAGCACCGUGGUGCUGGGCGCCGACGGCAACACCUCUGUCCUCCCCGGCACAGUGGAGGGGGUGACCCUGCCUGAAGACGAUGUGGGGGAUGAAAAUAAAGCCCGAGGGAACUGGUCCAGCAAGCUGGAUUUCAUCCUCUCCAUGGUGGGUUACGCGGUGGGGCUGGGCAAUGUCUGGAGGUUCCCGUACCUGGCCUUUAAGAAUGGGGGAGGUGCGUUUCUCAUCCCCUAUUUGAUGAUGUUGGCUCUAGCUGGGAUCCCCAUUUUCUUCCUGGAAGUGUCCCUGGGGCAGUUUGCUAGUCAGGGCCCCGUGUCGGUGUGGAAAGCCAUCCCCGCGCUGCAAGGCUGCGGCAUCGCCAUGCUGAUCAUCUCGGUGCUGAUAGCCAUUUACUACAACAUCAUCCUCUGCUACACCCUCUUCUACCUGUUCGCCUCCUUCGUGCCCGUGCUGCCCUGGGCCUCCUGCAGCAACCCCUGGAACACGCCCGACUGCAAGGACAAAAACAAACUUCUGCUGGAUUCCUGCAUCAUUGGCGACCACCCAAAAAUACAAAUCAAGAACUCUACUUUCUGUAUGAGUGCCUAUCCAAAUCUAACCAUGGUUAACUUCACCAGGGAAGGAAACAAAACAUUUGUCAGUGGGAGUGAAGAAUACUUCAAGUACUUUGUAUUGAAGAUUUCAGCAGGGAUUGAAUAUCCUGGUGAGAUUAGAUGGCCCUUGGCAUUAUCUCUUUUCCUAGCCUGGGUGAUUGUUUAUGCCUCCCUUGCUAAAGGAAUCAAAUCAUCAGGAAAAGUUGUGUACUUCACAGCCACGUUCCCCUACGUGGUUCUCAUCAUCCUGCUCAUAAGGGGAGUGACUCUGCCUGGAGCUGGGGAUGGCAUCUGGUACUUCAUCACACCCAAGUGGGAGAAGCUCAUUGAUGCUAUGGUUUGGAAGGAUGCUGCCACUCAGAUUUUCUUCUCCUUAUCUGCAGCAUGGGGAGGUCUAAUUACCCUCUCUUCAUACAACAAAUUCCACAAUAACUGCUACAGGGACACUCUGAUAGUGACGUGUACCAACAGUGCCACAAGCAUAUUUGCAGGCUUUGUCAUCUUCUCAGUCAUUGGCUUCAUGGCAAACGAGCUCAAAGUGAAUAUUGAAGCUGUGGCAGACCAAGGUCCUGGGAUUGCUUUUGUGGUUUACCCAGAAGCCUUAACAAGGCUCCCCCUCUCUCCCUUCUGGGCUAUAAUAUUCUUUUUGAUGCUCCUAACUCUUGGAUUAGAUACGAUGUUUGCCACCAUCGAGACCAUCGUGACCUCGGUGUCAGACGAGUUCCCCAAGUACCUGCGGACACACAAGGCUCUGUUCACCCUGGGCUGCUGCGUGUCCUUCUUCAUCAUGGGCUUUCCUAUGAUCACUCAGGGUGGAAUGUACAUGCUGCAGCUUGUGGACACUUAUGCAGCCUCCUACUCUCUUGUCAUCAUUGCCAUCUUUGAGCUUGUUGGAGUUUCCUACAUCUAUGGACUGCAAAGAUUUUGUGAAGAUAUAGAAAUGAUGAUUGGAUUCCAGCCAAGUAAAUUCUGGAGAGUCUGUUGGGCAUUUGUGACCCCAACUAUUUUAACAUUUAUUCUGUGCUUCAGCUUUUACCAGUGGGAACCCAUGACUUAUGGAGCCUACCACUACCCAGGCUGGUCCAUGGUGCUCGGCUGGCUGAUGCUGGCCUGCUCAGUCAUCUGGAUCCCAGUGAUGUUUGUGAUAAAAAUGCAUCUAGCCCCAGGAAAAUUUAUUGAGAGGCUCAAGCUGGUGUGCUCCCCACAGCCCGACUGGGGCCCCUUCCUGGCCAAGCACCGUGGCGAACGGUACAGGAACAUGAUUGAUCCGCUGGGAACCUCCUCCCUGGGGCUCAAACUGCCAGCCAAGGACAUGGAACUGGGGACACAGUGCUAA